AGGGCUGGUCUCCUGGCCCCCUGCCCCUCCCCUUACUCUCCCCUGGACUUGGAUGGGCCCGAGUUGGGGGCAACACCCUGGGGUGGGUGAUGCAGAGAGGCCCCCCUAGAUCUGGGCCCUGGUUGAUGCAUGCCGGGGUGCGGGUCGCGGCGCGCACAGUUUGUGCGGUUUGGGUGCUGGCCCAUGUGCUCACCCUGGAUGCGUGAUCUACUGAGUAACGCUCAGGCAGAGAGGGAGCGGGGCAGGGCUCUGCAAGACAUUGGGUGAGGUGACUAACGGUGCUGAUUUCUUACAUGGGAUUACCAGGGAGGGUGAGGGGUUUGACCAGAGGAUAGAAACCCAGCAAGGAGAUUGUAGAUAGAACAUCCCCUUUCUCCUUUCCCACCACCCACAAGUACACACAGAUUAGCAGUUUACCCUAUGUAAAUCUGAAUCUGUAGUGGUGGUAGUGAUGGUGGAAGGACUGAAUAAGGGGCCUAACUGGGGUUGCUUUCUGUUUGUUCUGCAAAUGUUACAGCAACAGGUGCUUUCUUAAAGCAUGAACUAGGAUUGAGGCUUGACUUUUGAGUUCUUGCAAAAUAUAACCGCUCCUUGUUGAUUUGGAAGAUGCUGAAUGUGGCCCCUCACUGGGGGUUUGGAUUCUGUCCUUAGUGCUGGAUUUUGUUAACUGAUGGUUCCUAUGGUUGCCUCUGCUACAAGUGUCUGGCCACUCUAUGUCAUUGGCUCUUUUCAGACAUUUUAGCAGUCUCCCAGCUGAAGGGCAAAAGAAAACACGAAUCCUAUUGGCGAAAGACUAUGCACUAUUUGAACUAUAGUAGGCUGUGAUUGGCUGAAUGAUUUUUGAUUGUAGCGUUUCUACCAGAAAUUGGCUUCAUCAAAUUCUGCUUUAUUCUGACUUUAUCAUACACAGCAUGCCUUGUUUUAGUGGGUUCAUGCCUGGAGCUUAAGUAUAUUAUACUUGAAUACCCUACCAUUUAAAAGCCAAUUUAUAAACAGGGACCUGGAGUGUGACACCACUAAUGUGUAUGUCUGUGAUCUUGGUUAGAAACCCACUUGGCUGGCUUUCCUCAUAGAGGUAGGGGGGGCGGGAGAAGAGAGCUGCCGGGAAGUGAUUGAUAAGGUUUCCUUUAUGGAUUCUGUGGUGCUUCACUGGAGCUCAGAGCACUUUGGCAACUUAAGCACUCCAAAUUAAAAGCUCAUUAACAAUUCCUGCCCAAGGAUCCUGUAAAUAAUCCUCUAGCUAGGUCAUGGAGUUUGGCUGAGAGCUCUCCUUUCAACUUAAAAUUCCAAAUAAAAGUGCUUUUAUUCCCUUUCAUCUUGAAAAGUGUUUUGUUUGUGGUGGGGUAAGUUGGCGAGUGGCAUUUUCUCAGAGGACCCAAGUAGAAUAAAGUCAUGUAUAAAAAGUGGUAGACAGGAAUAGGCGAUUCCAAACCUAGGUGUUUCUUGUGCAAAGGGCACUCAUUGCUGGCUUAUAAGGGCUCCUCUGCAACUUCUAGACCUUUGGAAGAUCUUAAUUAGGCAAUAAAUAUGUUAGUUGUCCAUUGAUGAUUUUACUUGGGAUUUGGUUACUUUGACUUUCUAAGAAUUUGAGGCAAACCUGGAAGUAUCCUGCAAAUUUCUUGGUUUAUGUGACCAUUUGCAAUGUGGCUUGAGCAUUUGUGGCAACCAACACUUCCUCCAAUCCCAGCCUCAGUUCCUGAGUUCUGAAUAUUGUCAACCUCCUUUACUAGACUAGGAUUCUGGGAUUAUCCAGAGAGCCACCACUUCGUGGCUCUCUUUCUCAGUCCAAAUUUAGAUACUGUAACUGUUUGGAGUUUCUAGGAGAUAAGCGUCUUUAGGAAGAGAAGUAUGCUACUAGAGAACAUGAAAUUCAUUGUUCCAAAAAUAUAUUGCUAGUAGCUUCUGAACCUUCUGCACGGGCACCAUGCUUCCACAUAGUUGGCUGUUACCCCAAAGUAGUUUGAGUUCAGAAGUUUGAAGUAUACUGUUGGUUUUUAAAUUGGUUCAAACAGCAGCCCCCUGGGGAUUUGAUCCUUUGUACUGAAAUAGACUUGUUGCAGAGAUGUGUAUUUAUCUACAGCAUUGGGGCUUUCCAGCUCUCACAGAACCUUCAGCAUCCCCAGCCACCAGCCUUGGCAUCUUCGAAGUAAGGAGAGUUUUAGAUGCUUCUGGAUGUUCAAUGCUAGCACCUUUGCAGACUGGAGCAGCUCGAUUUUCUUCAUAUUUACUUUCAAGAGCAAGAAAAGUGCUGGGCUCCCACUUAUUUUCUCCCUGUGGUGUUCCGGAGUUCUGCUCCAUAUCCACCAGAAAGCUGGCGGCCCACGGCUUUGGCGCAUCCAUGGCGGCAAUGGUGUCCUUCCCUCCCCAGAGGUAUCACUACUUUUUAGUGCUGGACUUUGAGGCCACGUGCGACAAGCCACAGAUUCAACCUCAGGAGAUCAUUGAGUUCCCCAUCCUGAAGCUAAAUGGCCGGACCAUGGAGAUUGAGUCUACCUUUCACAUGUAUGUCCAGCCUGUAAUCCAUCCACAGCUUACUCCCUUCUGCACAGAGCUCACCGGGAUUAUUCAAGCCAUGGUGGAUGGUCAGCCAAGCCUGCAGCAAGUGCUGGAGAGGGUCGAUGAGUGGAUGGCGAAGGAAGGCCUCUUAGAUCCAAACGUCAAGUCAAUUUUUGUCACCUGUGGAGACUGGGACUUAAAAGUCAUGCUCCCAGGCCAGUGCCAGUACCUGGGCUUGCCAGUGGCAGAUUACUUCAAGCAGUGGAUCAAUCUGAAAAAGGCUUACAGCUUCGCCAUGGGCUGCUGGCCCAAGAAUGGACUUCUAGACAUGAACAAGGGCCUCAGCCUGCAACACAUAGGCCGGCCCCACAGCGGCAUUGAUGACUGCAAGAACAUCGCCAACAUCAUGAAGACACUUGCAUAUCGAGGCUUCAUCUUCAAGCAGACAUCAAAGCCGUUCUGAUGGGCCGAGGACAGGAUGGGGCAGUACAGGGUAGCUGCUUGGCCCAGCCCAGAACCUCCUCCCCCUCACCAGAGGGGAAAGGGAGAGUAGUGCAGCGCUGCGUCCAGUGUCCCCGCCUGCCCUGUGGGCUUGCGCCCUAGGUAAGGGCUUGGCCACCUGGUCCCUCCUGAGCAGAUACUUUGUGGCCCCCACCCCCACCCCUCCACCUCAGCCCAGUAUCAGCCCCCCACAUUAUGGGCCUGGGCUAGGGCGACCCAGGUACUCACCGCCUCCUCCCUGGUACACAGGCUUCUGCUGGGGCCACCAAGCCCUCCUGUGCCCCCUCCUAUCUGUAGUGCAUGGUGUGUGGUGCCCCCAGGGCUCCAGGACAGGUCAGGCCCCACCUUGUGUCCGCCCCAUCCCCGUUGUGAACGUGCCGCUGAAUAAAGUCGGGGAAAUGGGCCCUGGGUGUGUGGA